GGAUUCUUAAAGUAUACAUUAAGGGUGACGUUUACAGAUCACCUAUUAUAUCUUUUCUCCUGAAGGCCGCUAAUGAUAGAAUAAAACUUAUGAAUCAGGAUACAAACAAUUAAUUUCUUUCUAAGGCAAAAAUGUAUGUUUAACCAGUAACAUUUCAAAUAAUCUUGUAUUUCAGCAACAGUGUAAUAGUAGUUAACUAAAGUAAAGUUUUUUUCACUGAAGUUACCACAUCGUUAAAGGGUGGAUUGAAUCUAAAAUUAUCAAAAAUAAUUUUUGAUCAACAAUUAUGAAAUUAUCUGUAGAUUUUUUACUCAAGUCUCUUCAUUUUUAUUUUAUUGUAACCUCUGAAAUUUUAAUCCAUUCAACGGGAAAAAAAACUAAUUUAAAGAAUUUCCACAUUGAAUUAUUUCUUUCCUUUCUAUCAACUACUAUUCCUAAGAAACUGACACGGAAAUAAAAUAACAUAACUACAGUUCAAAAAUAGAAAUUUAGAAUUACAUAUGGUUAAUUUUGAAAUUGAUUAAUUGUCUUAAUCUUACAAAAUUCUCUUAAAAUUUAGCAUAUUAACAAAGUUGACCUUACGAGCACAUUAUACUAAAAAAUACUAUUAUUUUUUUUUUAAACUUAAGAUUAUGAAGAGAAAAUAAAUAAUAUAUGUUCAUUUAAAGUUCCGUAACCACGUACCACCUCAACCUCACUGAAAAGUACCGGAACGUAGUACCGGCACAUUCCGGCCCCACUACACCCUUGCUCAUUAAUAAUUCUAACUUAUAACAAUAUGUAAACAACUUUUGCUCCAGAAAAAUUAAAUUUCUCAAGUGGAGUUUCUUAACUUCAAUCAAGCAACAUUAUUCAAAAUUCUUAUCAUCACUUUUUAUCAGACAAGUUAUCAAAAACUAAACCUCAACUCUUAACUUUCUUCAAGUGCUAUUCUUUGAUGAAAAUUUGUUACACCAGCCUGAAAAACAUUUCAAAAAUAUGAUGGAGUUCGAUUGUUUAAAAAAUGAUUAUCGUUUCGUGGUAGAAGGCAACAAAGUCCUUCAGAAACAAUCAAUCCUCCUGCUUCAAUUAUUUCUGCAUGUUCUCCUAAAAAGAGGAAGAAGAGAAAUCGUCGAAAACCUUACAAAAUGGAGCAGAAUCUUAAAAAAAAGGAAACUCUACCGGAUAGAGAUGAUUUAAGUUUUCCUGUUUCAUUAAGUGAUGUUGUUAAAACAGAGGAUAGUGAUCACAACCAUCUUGCUGUAUCAACAUUCCUGCCAGAACCAAAUAAAACCUAUGCAGCCUGUAAAAAAGACUCUGAUACUGAGAAAUUUCGCCAAAGUCUUAAAUAUCAGGAUAAGGAAAGCUAUGUGUCACAAAGAGACCACAAAAUAGGUAUUGGUCUUUUUAAUACUGACGAGAUUGAAGAUUUGCCACCAAGACAUAGAAAGAAAGUUGUUUCCGUCUAUGAGAAAUUAAGAGCAUAUGAAGAAUAUUUACUAGAUGAGAAGUCUAAGGCUAAUGAUCCAAAUAUACUACCACCUCCAGAUUUAUCUAAUGAUCAUGAUAAUGUUUGUUUAGUAACUAAAUCAACAGAAAACAAAAGGAACUCUCCCAUUUCAAAUAAACUAAAGCUGAAAGAAACUCUAAAACAUUCACGUAAAAAUAAAUACACAGAGUCAAAAAGCGAUAAAUUUAGUGAUAACCAUGUAAAUAAUGCAUCAAAACCUAAGUGUACAAGUAAUAAGUUCGAGAAUAUGAGUCAAAAAAAUUCUCAGACGAGGGUGAAAACACAAAUUUUUGAAUCCCAUGAGAUGUCUACAAAAAAUUAUAAUACUGAUAAUAGCUUAGUUUCUGUUGAUAACAGUGUACAAUCAGUACAUCCCAAGCAUAAAUGUCUAGUAAAAGACUCUGUAACUGGUUCUGACAUCAGGCAGUGUUCUGAAACUCAAAAAGAGUAUAAAAAAGAUGUUGAGCAAACUGUAAAAUUACCAAUACCUAAAUCACCGAGAAAACAAAACAAUCAUAAUUUUCAUGCAAAUCAUGCUUAUAAUCCAUCAAACCAACAUAUCACACAAAAUAAAAAUUUUAAUUUAAAAGAUCAUGAAAAUACUCAUAGUAAAUUAAAAGUGAGCAGAAAUGUUAAUUAUCUAGGUGACAGUAAAUCAAAUCUUAAGCAAAACGACCUCAAUAAAACUCUGAAAUCUGAAUCAGAACAUUCUGUUGAUGAAACAAAUCUAACUCUAGUUAAUUAUCAAAAAACUAAGAAUGAAAAAAUUAAAAAAGACAAAAGCAAUUUAUCAAAUGAAGCUGAUUCAAAUGUAAACUUUCCUCAUUAUGAGAAAAAUAAUCAAAUGUGUAGCGAGACAUUUUAUUCAAGUGCUAACUCACAAGAUGAUAAAACUAAUAAUCAGAAAACAAAAAAGUAUCCACCUAAAGAAAGUGGCUAUCAUAAAGAAGCUUACCAUAAAUUUGAUUAUGAUAAUACUAGCUUAUCAAGAACAAAUAAAAAUAGUGCUAAUACUGAAAAAAGAAAAAAGAACCGCUAUGACAGUGACCAUUUUAGUGAUAGUUGCUCCAUUACAUCAAAUAACUUAUCUGUUCGAAAUUUUUCCGAAGAUUUAAAAAAUGAUAACACUAGCUUAUCACGAGCAAAUAAAAAUAGUGCCAAUACUGAAAAAAGAAAUAGGAGCCGUUAUGACAGUGACCAUUUUAGUGAUAGUUGCUCCAUCACAUCAAAUAAUAACUUAUCUAUUCGGAAUUUUUCCAAAGAUUUUAAAAAUGAUAACACUAGUUUAUCACGAACAAAUAAAAAUAGUACAAAUACUGAAAAAAGAAAUGGAAGAAGCUAUGACAGUGACCAUUUUAGUGAUAUUUGCUCCAUUACAUCAAAUGACUUAUCUGUUCAGAAUUUUUCCAAAGGAUUUAAAAAUACUCAUCACAAAUCCUGCGAAACCGCUGAGAUUAGUGAGGGGGGAAAUUCUGAAGGUAUUUUUGAUCCUUCUGAAAGAAAACCUUACUUUUCAUCAACAUUUAGGAAUAAAAAUAAUCAAACGUGUAAUAGUAAAAUAGAUACUUCAGAUGAAAGUAGAAUAGAAAAAUACAAAGAAGGACCGCAAUUGGGUAGUAAAAAGUAUUAUGGGGGAAAAAAUGUGACCUCUCCUAAUAGAAACAAUUCUCUAGAUAGUUCUAGUGAUAACGUCCACAGGAAACAAUCAUUUAAUAGGACUAAAAAUUUAAAUACUGAGUCUGAUUCAGUGUUUGAUUGUAAUGCUCCUCCAAGAAAGCCCCAUAAUAAACAAAGACAAUAUAAAGGCAAUAGAUCUUACAUUCAAGAAAGCUUAAAUGAAACUGCAGCGAACUUAGACUUAAGUAAUGUUAUAAAUAAAGAAUUUUCAAGCUAUUUAUCAAAUACUUCUGUAUCUACAUUAAUCGACAAAAAUUUCAAUUGUAUGUAUGACAAUAAAGAGCAGUUUUCAAUGAGCCAUACUCCGCAAAAGGAGAGAGAUAUCCAUUCGCAAUUUGCAAGUUGUUCUCAGUCUGGCAGGGAAAAUGAUAGAAUUUAUUCUAGAGAAGAAAAAAGAAUUGAUGCCUCUAAAAUGCCACAAGUAAAAGAUAUAGGAUUUUUCGUACAUAUCACAGUAUCUGAGGAUCCUAAAGAAUUAGAUUCGUGGGAGUUAUUUUUCAAAAAACAUUUAGGGUUCAUGAACUUUGAUGUCUUUAGGUGUUGUGAUUUUGCUGAAUCUUUAAUUCUUCAGUUUGAAACUAAUGAAGAUGCUUUGAAAGCUCAUUGGCUACUCUAUAAAUUAAAACGUAGGAACAGGAAUAUUUCUGACCGUCAUAUCAAAUCACUGAGUUCAGUGAAGAAACAUCUGGUGAGACCUUGUUUGUGUGAGAAUGUCUUAAUUGAGCACUGUGAUAAGUAUUUUGAUGAAUUUGCCUAUAAAUAUAUCUCUACUCAUAAAACUAAAAUGGAUAUAAUUAUAGAUAAAUUAAAUUCGUUAACUUUAAAGAAGUCCGGUAAUACCUCUAACGAGGAAUAUUUGAGUUUAAAAGAUGCUUUUGAUACCUUCAAAGCUAUGGAGACAGUUUUUAAUAAUUAUGUUAGAAAAGCUAAAGACUUGGCAAGGCAGUGUUCUGUGUCUGAGACAGGAUCUGCUGAAUUGAAAAAACUUAAGCUCAAUUUUAGUAGAGAAUGUAAUUCUUUUGAAAGAGGCUUGCCAAUAUAUUCUCAAAAAGAUGUUAUUCUCAAUGCCAUUAAAAACUAUCCAGUAUCUGUUAUUGUUGCCGAAACUGGGUCAGGAAAAAGCACUCAGUUGACUCAAUACCUCCUGCAAACUUCGUUUGCCGAUAAUGGUUCAAUUAUUAUUUGCACUCAACCACGAAAAAUAGCUGCAGUCAGCAUUACUAAAUUUGUAUGUACUCAGGUAGGAUCUUCAGUUGGAAACGAAGUGGGAUAUGAUGUUGGAAUAGAAAAGAAGUUUGGUGAUUCAACUAAGAUUAUUUAUAUGACUGAUUACGCUUUAUUGAGGAAGUGUUUACGAAAUAGAAAUCUGAAAAAAGUAUCGUGUGUCAUCAUUGAUGAAGCCCACGAAAGAACUCUUUAUACAGAUUUAUUGCUUGGCUUGUUGAAGCAGUGUUUAGGGUUUAGGCAAGAUUUGAGAAUCAUUAUAACAUCAGCGACUAUAAAUCCAUCUGUAUUUGUUAAGUAUUUCAAUCUUCCGGACGGUGCCGUUAUAAAUGUGCCUGGGCGUGCUUACCCUGUUGAAGUAAUUUGGUCUAAACAUAAUGUAAAUGAAGAAAAUAUGUACGUAAAGGAAUGUGUCAGAACAGCUGUUAGGGUGCACCAAAGAGAAUCGAAAGGGGAUGUUCUUGUAUUUUUGUCAUCACCAGCAGAAAUUGAUGAAGCUAUUUUAUUGUUUGAAGAAAUGUGUCCUGAAAAUAGCAUGCCAGAGCUAAUGAGUUUGCAUGGCAAGUCUGAUAUAAAAGAUCAAAUGCUUGUUUUUGAAACUAGUACUAAUGAUAAACGUAGAAUAAUUUUUGCUACUAACGCUGCUGAGACUUCAUUGACUAUUCCUGGAAUUAAAUACGUUAUUGAUAGUGGAAUGGCUAAAGAGAUGAUAUUUUACCCUGAAAAAAAUAAAAGUUGCUUGAUGCCUACUUUAAUUAAUAAAAGUUCUGCCGAACAACGAAAAGGUAGAGCUGGACGUACUCAACCUGGAGUCUGUUAUCGUUUAUAUUCUAAAAAAGAUUUUGAAAAUAUGCCUGAGCGAGCUCUCCCAGAGUUGCUGAAAACAGAUUUACUUAAUGCAUUAUUGAAAGUUUAUGAAUUUGGUAUUAAACCCAGUAGUUUCGAUUUUGUUGAAUCUCCCUCUAGAGAAGCCAUAACAAAAUCAAUUGAUUCAUUGGAGGUUUUAGAAUUGAUUGAAAAUAAUGAUUUAACUAAAUUAGGAAAACAAGUUGUUCAGCUUUCUAUAGAACCUAGACUUGCUAAAUUUAUUCUAUUAGGUGUUGAAUCUGGCAUGGGUCAUGAAGCUGCUAUAAUUGCAGCUCUAGUUUCUGAAGCGGGAAGAAUAUUUUUGAGAUUUGAUGACAACAAGGAAAAAUCUGAUCAAAAGAAAAAAAGCUUUUGUCAAAAAAGUGGUGAUCUAUGUACCUUUUUAGAAAUCUAUAAAAGAUGGCUAGAAGUGUCCCAAACAGAUAGAUUUAACUGGUGUGUUUCAAACUAUGUAAGCUUCAAAGCAUUAAGCUCUGCUCGCAAGACUGUCAAAGAAAUUUUAUUCACUCUGCGACAAGACCUUGGUAUCAAAGUAUCAAGUCGAUAUAAUAACUUAUCUUUUAAAAAUAAUUUUGAAAUAAUUCUUUUUAGCAGCUUUAUUGAAAAUUUAUGUAUAUAUUCAGGACAUCCUUCCCUUGGGUAUCAGUCUCCCAACUUCAAAGAAUCAUUAUUUAUUCAUCCAUCCUCAUCAUUGAAAUACCUCAGAAUAGUACCUCCUAAAUUUCUUGUAUAUACAGUUUUUAUGGAAACUUCAAGAAAUUAUAUCCUCGAUGUUACACCCUUAAAAGAAGAAACAGUUAAUAAGGCAUUUUCGAAAGGUAAUUAUGCAUUAGCUGUGGAGGAUCUAAAACGGCUGCAAAUUCCACCUAUAACUUUGGGACCUUUUGGAGAAAAAAUUCUGUAUCGUCACAUUUUAGGUAAAGGUGGCUCUGUAAUUAAUAAUAUUGAGUAUCUGUUAGAAAAAUUAACUAAAAAUAGAAAUUUUAGAAUUGAUAUUUGUAGAGACAAAGGAUUGGUUAUUAUUCAUGUUGAGGAAAAAUUUCAUGAAAGAGUGUCUAAUUUUAUUCAAGACAUAGUGAAUGAUGCAAGAGAGGAAAUGGCAAAAGAGGCUGAUGUCAUCAAGAUGGAUGAUGGAUUUUAUUACUAUUGUUUAUCGACAGGUGGAUUGAUUCAUGAUAUUGUAAUGCCUGGAGAAUUUCGUGAGAUUACGAUUGAGCCCAUCAAUCAAAGAUCAAUAAGUGAGUUAGAAUCUAUUUUGAGACAAUUUGGUCCUGUACAGAAUCUUGAGAAAAAAAGCUUGAAAUAUAAGCAUAGUAUUAAUGUGACUUAUUUAACUGUUUCUGAUGCCCAAAAUGCUCUCAAAUGUUUAAAUAAAAAAAAUGUUGCAGGUGUUAAAGUUCAAAAUAUUGUUCCAAAACUCAAUAAAUCUUCUAAGCCUUUAUAUAAAUUGAAGUUUACAUGGCCUCGUUUGCUUGCAAAAGGUACCGGUUCCAUACUUUUCUCCUCUGCUGAGGAUCGUGUGAUGGUUUCUGGAAAAUUGUCUACCAAAUCUUUGUAUGUUGAUAACAAUCGUAUCAGUGUGACACCCUCUCAAAAUGAUCUCUGCCUUAACUUGAAAAAUAUACCUCAAUCAGCAAAUGAAAGAUUGCUGCAAGAAAAGAUAUCCGAAGCACUUCCUGAUUUCUUAAGGGAACUUGUAAAAUGUGUUGAAAUAAAUCGACAAGAUUCUUUAGCUGUUUCAAAAAAUGAUAUCAUUAAGAUUAAAGACCAACUGUCCCAGAGCCUAAGUAGGUUCACUCCACCGAGUAAAGUUGCCAUUGACGUUGUGUACCCAACAUCUACUUCCAAAAAUUAUGAAGCAUUUGCUUAUUUUGAGUGUGAUGAAGAUGGGAGUACUGCUUUUCAGCAAUUGCGUGGUAAGUUGAAGCUUAACAAUAUUCAAGUUGAUAUUUUGGAGAUAUUGGAGUCACAGGUCGAAUGCAAAGAACAUGUAUAUCAUUUUCUACGGAGGGAUAUACAAACUGUUAUCACAAAACAUGAAGGAAAGGUUAAAGUAACAAAAUUGUCUAAUUCUCUCGAAGAUAAAGUUGCUAUUCAAUUUUCUUGCAGAAGUCAUGAAAAACUAAAAACCGUAAAUAAAGAGAUUUUAAGUCUGGUACGUGAUCGUAAAGUAGAAUGCCGUCAUAACAAAAAAUAUUUUUAUCUCUUCACUGAUAGUGGCGAAAAAAUAUUAAAUGCAAUCCAGGCUCGGACAAAAACUCUUAUCGAACGUGACACUGAUAACAAGGUUGUUUUUAUAUAUGGUCAAAGUAAAAUGAGUUAUACGGCUGAGGCAGAAAUUCAUUCGUUCUUUGAAACUGCAAAGUUACUCAAGACAAAGAUCUAUGAUCUAAAAAGUUCGCAUAUACCACCAGGAUUUUUGAAGGAACUUUAUUCUAGAUAUGGAUUUGAUUUGUAUGGCUUAAUCACGAAAUUUGAUUUAAAAACAGCAAACAUUGAUAUGAAAUUUGGUAAUCUUACAGUUGAAGGUGAAGUUCGCAACAUUAGAAAAGUUGAUGAACAUUUAGAAAAUAUUUGUGCCAAGCUUUAUACAACUAAACCGAAGAAAACAGAUGAUGAUGUUGGAUUUGGUAUGUGUGCUAUAUGUCUAGAUCCUGUAAAAUUUGAUUAUUAUAGACUUGAAAACUGUGGUCAUUCCUUCUGCAAAUCCUGUCUACUUUUACAACUAGAAAGCAAGAUUAUUCCUGUUACCUGUGCUCAAGAGAAUUGUGGACAACCAUUUUUCCUUAUUGACAUCAAUAGAAUUUUGUCUCUUGGAGGUGAAAAGCUCAGACGGGAAUUUCAAAAUGCAGCUCUUCAACAUCAUGUUAGUACUCAUGCUGGUCAGAUCAGCUAUUGUCACUCCCCAGAUUGUCCUACUGUCUAUCGAGUUUCAAAAAAAAGUGAUAUUGUUUACAAUUGUCCUGCUUGUUUAAAUGACAUCUGUGCAUAUUGUCAAACAUUCUCCCAUAAGGGCAUGAACUGUGAUAUUUACCAGAAUUCAAAAGAGGAUGAAGACUAUUCUUUAAAAGUAUGGUUGAAAGAUAAUAAAUCAUGCAAACAGUGUCCCAACUGUAAAAUGGUCAUUGAGAAAAUUGAUGGUUGUAAUCACAUGGAAUGUUUGAAUUGUAAGAGCCACUUAUGUUGGUUAUGUUUGGAAAUAUUUAAGUCUGGUGAUCUUGUGUAUGAUCACUUACCUUUCUGUCCGAAAAACCAGACUAGUUAAGGUGCCUUCUAACAUUUAGGAUAGCUAUGUUGCCAAUAAUAAUUUUCUGUACAAGAAUAAUUUUUAACAAAAUAUCAUGAUUGAUAUUGUUUUCUGUGAUAUACCUAAGUUAUUAUAUUGUAAUCUACUUAUUUUUUUUUUUUUUUUUGCAAGUUUGAUUGGUUGUUAAGUGUUUCUUUUUUUUUUUUUUUGUGAAUUUUAUGACUUAUAUUGCAUUUAAAUUUUUUUCUCUCAAACAAAUUGUUUCUGACGUAAUAGUGAACAAUGAUCAUUAUUUGUUUAAAUUAUUUAUCUUUAAAAUGGUACCACCUUUUUGUAUGUAUAUAUGUACUAUUGGGCUUAUUAUUUUGCUAUUUUCACAUUAAAAUUACAGAUUAUUAAAAUAAUAUUUUUGUAAAAGAAUAAAUCAAAGAAUGAUUUUAGUUAUUUUCUGUAAAGUGUAAAUACUAAAUUUUAUUUUCAGUUUUAAAGGAAUGAAAAUUAAUUAAAAUUAUUUUUGUUAAGCAAACACUAUAAAAUAGAUUUUAAAAAAUUAUUUGAUCAUAUAAUUUUAAAAUCAUGAAUGCAAAAAAUGAGAAUUGAUUUUUCCUUUCUAUUAAUUGAGUAUAUUCACUAAAAUGAUAUCCAAUUAAAAUUUUGUUUUAGUUUUAAGAAAGAACUUCAAAAAGAUGUAUAUGAAUAACAAUAUUUCCUUAUGUAAUGUAUUUCUAUCACACAUGUUUUUGUAUAAUAUUUGGUUUGUCAAAAUAAAGUAUUUUAGCUCAUUAAAAAUAAAUAUGUUUUAUAACAGUUUUAUUCUUUAAAUAAUUUGAUUAGUGUAAAUUUGGAACGUAAAGUAAAAAACUAUAGCUAAAAGAUAAAGUAAAUAACAUGAACGCUUUUAUUCUUGUUCUGCAAUUUAAUGGUUUUCUUUUUGGACAAUGAUAAUAAAGUUUGUCUACAGCAUUAAAACAACUGCCAGUAUCCAACUUUUUAGUUUACUUUUCCUGUAUUAUGUUAAAGGUUAAUCAAAUCUGCUAGUUACUCAAAAACUAGAUUUCUAUGUCAAUAAUUAAUUAAAAAGUAUUUGCAUAAAAGAUAUCUAGAAGUUAACUUACAGAAAGUGUCAAGACAUGAUAAUUAGAGAAUCAAAUUAUUUUUAAUUUUUCAAAUUAGAUUAGGAUAAACAUAAUUUUCCAUAACAUUGAGCAAAAUAUAUAGAUUCUCUAGAUUAUAUGAAUUCUGUUAUUUUAUUUCUAUUGCUCCAAUUUAAUUUUUUUUAAAAAUUUUAAUUUCAAUUAUUUUUUGCUUAUUAAGUUUAAUUAGUAUUUAAUUUGUGAUGAAAAGUUUGAUAUCAAUUAUUUUUACACACAUUAAAUAAGCAUAAUUUUUAUGAAAUGAAGUGUAUAAGUUUUAUAUGUAUCCAUUUUUUUCAAAUAAACUAGUUUUGUUUUUGAAAAGAAAAGUUAUUGCCUAUAAAACAUCUCUAAUAAAGUGUAUAUUUUGAUAAAAUAAAUUGUCUAGAGACGUUUUGUGGCCUGCUUUAUUGUUUUUUUAGAUUAUUUAGAGAAAUAAAAAACUUAUAUUAAAUUAA